AUGGACAGCGCCGCUAUCGUGCACAUCUUUAAGGAGGACAGGUGUCCCUCCGGCCAGCCGGAGGAGUGCGUCCCCAACUUCACGUGGCAUCCCGGCUUCUCGGACUUGUUCAACUACACCGUCAACGGCACCUGGGACGCCGAGCCGGAGCCCAUGUCGCCCAUCAUCCCGUUCAUAGCCGCGGUGUACUCGGUGGUGUUCGUGGUGGGCUUGGUGGGCAACUGCCUGGUCAUGUAUGUCAUCAUCAGAUACACAAAAAUGAAAACAGCCACCAACAUCUACAUCUUUAACCUGGCUGUGGCCGACGCUCUGGUCACCACCACCAUGCCCUUCCAGAGCACAGACUACCUGCUCAACUCGUGGCCAUUUGGCGAGGUGGUGUGCAAAGUCUUCAUCUCCAUCGACUACUACAACAUGUUCACCAGCAUCCUCACCCUGACCAUGAUGAGCGUGGACCGCUACGUGGCUGUGUGCCACCCAGUCAAGGCCCUGGACUUUCGCACGCCUGUCAAGGCCAAGAUCAUCAACGUGUUUAUCUGGGUGCUAUCGUCUGCAGCCGGGAUCCCUGCCAUGAUACUGGGCAGCACUCAGACCAAUAAUGGGACCACGGAAUGUGCCCUGCAGUUCCCCGAACCGUACAUCUACUGGGACACUGUGAUGAAGAUCUGCGUUUUCAUCUUCGCCUUUGUGGCACCCCUCAUCAUCAUCACCGUCUGCUACACGCUGAUGGUGCUACGGCUGAAGAGCGUGCGUCUGCUAUCAGGCUCGCGCGAGAAGGACAGAAACCUGCGCCGGAUCACGCGGCUGGUGCUGGUGGUGGUGGCUGUCUUUGUGGUGUGCUGGACGCCCAUCCACAUCUUCAUCCUGGUGAAGGUGCUGUCGCCCAAUGUGCCUGAGACCACCCCCAUCAUGGCUGCCUACUUCUUCUGUGUGGCGCUGGGUUACACCAACAGCAGCCUCAACCCCAUCCUCUACGCCUUCCUGGACGAGAACUUCAAGAGGUGCUUCAGGGACUUCUGCUGCCCAGGUGUACGUGGACCCAGGGACAGCCACGGGGUGAGCCACGUGAGGAGCACCCUGCGGGACCACUCCUGCCCUGCAGAAAGCCGAAGGGAGGGGAGGAAGGCGACGCCUGUAUGA